UCUCCAGCAUCGUCUAAAAUCGACGCAGCCGUCAAGGCGCAGGUUUCACUUUAAGAAGCAUCGGUGUGUGCUGAACACGGUCCAUAGAAAGAACUAGAUCUGUUUCGACGUCAUUUCCGAUGGAAUAUUCCAGUCAAUCCUGAUAUGCCUUUAAAAAGAGACCCUGAAAAGGAUACAUGUGUUGUCUGACAUUAACAAGUGCAGGACAGAAGAUUAUCUUCGUUAAUAGAAAGUCUUAACUGUUUAUGAGGGAUCACUGAAUGCGAAUAAAAUAAAACAAAGAAUACUGUGUCGUCGACUGUGAAUUCAACAACAGCCGUUAUUUGUCUGCGUUUGUUUUGAUUGGCAUCGCUCGGUGCUUGACAUUGAAGGUAAGUUUCUCAGCGUGACAUACCAAGACGCUUUGAGGAAGGAUGGAAUUAUUUGUUUUUGUUAAUUUAAGCUCAAUAGGCUUAAUUUAAAAAAAGAUAUAGAACAAUAAAUGAUAUUUUACGGGCAGAAUAAAAAGUAUUCAUUCAUUUUAUCUAUAGCUUUAUCAUAAAAAAUCGUUUUUGACUGUAAGGUGAGGUAACUACUGUACUUUAGGUAAGAUACCGGUCUAUGAGAUAGAAGAUGACUGUGCUCUCUGAUGUUGAAUACGCAUUUUACACUAUAACCAAACAGGGGACAUUAUACAAUUAAAAGAUUUGUAUUCAAUUUAAUUUUACAUUAGCCUAUUUUUUUGUGUUUAAAUGAAUGGCAGAAACGAGUUAAUCUUACCCUAACCUUAUAACAGAGCUGACAAGUUAUAGCCUACGUUUUUUUUUUUUUUUUUUGAGGUGCCUAUAUCUCCCCCCUAUCUAGUGCGAUAGUUUUCUGCGUAGGUUAUUUGUGAUGUUAUGCAAUAGACACGUGGUCCUGAUGCAGGAGUCAACGUCUGUUUGAAUACAUCUCACCCUUCAUUCAGCCAAUAAAGGAAGAAGUUUCUUGUCAUUUAACACCCUGGUACUGGCUAGACCGUGUCACUUGCUGUUUGGCUUGAAGAUCUUUGUAGACCAUCAUGAUCCUCCUGACUCCUACGUCUGCCUUUCUUCAGGACGCGAAAAAACUGCUCCUAAACGAACAAGCGAACUGGGCGCAUCUAAAGGAGUUUGCCCGUAAAAAUGCUGCCAAUGCUCUUUCUGUUGCCAACCUGCUCAUGGGCAUGGCCUCGAUCCUCUGCAGUCUCAACGGCCAUCAUUAUGCUGCGUGCUGGCUGGUUCUGAUUGGGUACCUGCUGGAUUUGGCAGAUGGAGCGGUUGCCAGGCACCUGAAUGCAUGUUCUGCACUGGGUGCUAAGUUGGAUGAUUUUGCUGAUUUCACAACAUUUGGAAUAGCAACUUCACUCCUCCUGAGGACACCCAGUCUGCUGGAUAACAUCCUGUGCAUGAUCUACAUGCUGUCUGUCUUUGCACGUCUCUGCUUCUUCUCCAGCGGAAUCCCAUUCGUUUACCGUGGCCUGCCGUGCAUCUACUCCUCUGCCAUCCUCGUGUGUGGUUCUCUGCUGACUGGUGGAAAUAUGGCCGUAUUGAGAAUCUUAGCCGUGGCCAUGAUUCUCUUCAUGAUCAGUCAGAACUUCUACCCGCAUGACAGAGUGCUGGAGUCUCAGGCCUGGAAGAAGGUGGUCUACAUCGGAGGAGUUGCGAUGGUGUUCUGCUCCUCCUUUCCUCCAGCUUGUGUUUACUACUUGUUAUGGUCAGUUUCCUACAUACUGUUUCCAACAACCCUGUGGAGCUGCAAAGUUGAUGAACUUCACGAAAUAGACGUGCUCUGGGAGGCUUCGGACGUCUUGAUUGCUGCUGAUGUUUUAUUGCUAAGAAUGAGAAAUGCUUUCUGCCUCACACAUACAGUAUAACGUCAUGCGUUUGAAUGUCACUUUGACAGAAAUAAUAACAGUUUGCGUGUUGUUUGUCGCACAACUCAGUCUGCCUGAAUCAAAUGUGAGGCAAGAAACUGUGUGUAGAGAUCGUCAGAUUUGCUGUGGAUACUCUUAUGCUUUUUGGUUGUUUCAGAGACUGAUUGGAAAAAGGUUUCACAACUCAAUCCUCACGAUUUCUGAUUACAUUGCCUCUUAAAAUCCAUACUGUAAGGAUACUUAGAAUUAAUUAUAAAACAAUGAAUACUGUUAGGGAAUUUUGUAUGCAUGUGAUCUGUGUAAAUUAAUGUAAAAACACUACAAUGUGAUCAAGGUAGUGGUUAUCAUCAUCAUCAUCAUCAUCAUAUACUGUAGUUUGUCUAUUGCCUAUUCAUGUGUAAGUUUAUGUUCCAUAUAAUAUUAGAUGGGUCUUCAAACAAAUGCCUCGUGACAACAUGAAGACUAUGGCAGUUGGUUUUAUUUUGAUAAGUUUAUCUGUAUCAUUUAAAAGCCUCUGUUUUAAGGGGUCCUGACUUCUGUUUAGCGAGUGAUCUUGCAUUGGGUUUGCUGAGUACUGUAAUACUGCAACAUCAGUAUUAAGGCAUUACUUUGUGUUCUGUUGCAUCAACUUGUGGUUACUUUUUAUUAAAAUUUAGGGGUGUUGAAAAGAAA